UAUACGGUAGAAACUCGUGUACGAUUUAUUAAUGCUAAUGACAGUUGCUAUUGGUUGCUAUCAGUUGCUAUCAGUUGCUAUGUAAUCGGGCGAUUGGAAAAAUGCGAACGAUAAAUGCAGGAAUGACGGAGUCAGUGGAGCAUAACGGAGAACAAAGAAAAGCAUUGUCCAUCAAUGUCUCUUAAUGUUGUCCGACCGUAAUUGGACUUUGAUAUUGGAUACAUUGUGUCAAUGUAGAUUUCGCUCGAAGGAAUUGAUUUUGUAUGACAAAUUGAACCUAUUGUCUAGGUGACCAUGAUUCUUUGCUAUUUAAUAAUUAUCGGACUUGUCGGGUCCUGCUGGGCAAUGGUGAAGUACCAACCAGAGGCUGUUCAUCUUUCCUACGGAGAUAAUGUACAUGACAUUGUGGUGACAUGGACGACAAUGAAUGAUACAGAGGAAUCGAUAGUUGAAUAUGGAAUUGGUGGAUUUGUUCUCACUGCCAAAGGAAAUUCCACCCUCUUUGUUGAUGGUGGUAAAAAAAAGCAUAAACAAUACAUACAUCGGGUGUGGCUAAAGAACUUAUCUCCUUCUAGUAAAUAUGUGUACCACUGUGGGAGUAAAUAUGGGUGGUCUAACGUGUUUUACGUGACAACUGUACCUGAAGACUCGGCAGCUUGGUCACCUAAUUUUGUCAUGUUUGGUGAUAUGGGAAAUGAAAAUGCCCAGAGUUUGACGCGUCUCCAGGAGGAGACACAGCGAGGAAUGUAUGAUGCUGCGAUUCAUGUUGGGGAUUUUGCCUAUGACAUGGACACCAACAAUGCUCGUAUUGGGGAUGAAUUCAUGCGUCAGAUCGAAAGUGUUGCUGCAUAUUUGCCUUAUAUGACAGUACCUGGGAAUCACGAGGAGCGAUACAAUUUUAGUAACUACAGAGCUCGUUUCACAAUGCCUGGAGACAGCGAAGGCCUUUGGUACAGCUUUAACGUGGGCCCAGUGCACUUUGUGGCCAUCGAGACGGAAGCCUACUAUUUCCUGAACUAUGGUCUCAAGCAAUUAGUGAAGCAAUAUGAAUGGCUCGAUAAGGAUUUAACCGAGGCCAACAGGCCAGAAGUUAGAGCUCAAAGACCUUGGAUAGUGACAUUUGGCCAUCGACCAAUGUACUGCAGCAAUGCAAACAGUGAUGACUGCACAAAUCACCAGACCUUAGUAAGAAUCGGAUUGCCAUUUAUGAAUUGGUUUGGUCUCGAGGAUCUCUUCUUCAAGCAUAAGGUUGACCUGGAAUUAUGGGCCCACGAGCACAGCUACGAGCGAAUGUUCCCCAUGUACAAUUUCCAGGUCUACAAUGGCAGCUACGAAGAACCCUACAAAAACUACAGAGCUCCGGUCCAUAUAGUUACUGGAUCCGCUGGCUGUAAAGAAGGAAGAGAAAAGUUCGUGCCACACAGACCCUCAUGGUCUGCAUUCCGAAGCUCAGAUUAUGGAUACACCAGAAUGAAAGCAUACAAUAAGACUCAUUUGUACAUCGAACAGGUAUCUGACGACAAAAAAGGUGCAGUGCUGGACAGUCUAUGGCUCGUGAAGGAUAAGCCUUUCCCAGAAUACGUCACAAACUUACUAUAACGAAACGCACACAAGUAGGAAAUUCAAUUACAUAUCCAGUAGAACCGU